AUGCGGCCGUAUCAGCACCCUCCUCCGCACCCUUCGCAGCAGCAGUACCCUCAGCAACCGCUGCACCGCGCAGCUUCCAACAUCUCGGCCCUCAGUGACCCCGGGUACACGCCUUACGAUACGCCUCCGUCUUAUCCCGCUCAGUUCCUGCCGCAACAGCAGCAGCAACCGCCGCAUCAACAGCACCAGCUGCGCGGCCGCGAAUCCCUCGUCUCGCUGGACUCGCAACGCCGUUACUCAGCUGCGACAGAUCCCGGCCACCUAACUGAUGAGAGUCGCUAUCACUCUUCCCCUGCGGCGCCUGUAUGGCCGGGGUCAUUUUCGUACUCGGGCGCGACUGGCGGAUACUCGCCCGUAUCUGGAGGGCCUGCCCCCGGGUCGUAUGUCGGCCGCAAGGUCUCCAUGGGCAACCGCAAGUCGAGCUACGCAUCCUCACUGAGGCACGCUCCCGUACCCGAGGAAGACGAGUAUGAUCUGUCGCUGCUUCGGUCAGCGGCACCGAUGGGCAGCGAGCCGCGGUACGACGCAAUCCCCGAAGAGGAGCCUGUGGUACCCAUGUUCGACGUCACCACGGCGCUGGGGCCAAUGGAUUCGCACGACGCAGCCUUCAUCAAGAAGCUCCAGGACGAGGAGGCAAAGGGCCACCUCACCGGCGGACUCGGCCAGGGUUUCACCAAGGACUCGAGAGUUCGCGUGCGAGACCAAGAGCUACUGACGUCCCCGACGGCGAUGCAGCGCAGCCUGACGCGAUCGUUCACGCGACGGAGAUCCAUACAACCUCCCAGUCGAACCGAGACGAUUCGCGAAGUGGGCCAGGACGAAGCGAACCGACGCGGCGAAGUCAUCGAGGUGGUUAUGGACCACCCCGCGGGCGGUGCCGACCUCAGCAACAUGGAGGGAUCCCAUAUGCUAUUCGACUCGCAGUCGCGGAGGGCCACCACCUUUGGCCUCAAGGAACAGUCCACCCAGGUCUUCUACCCGCAGCCCAACUGGAGGCCGUUCGCCAUGAGAUGGCCCUACCUCACGCUCCUGAUACUCCUCUCCAUCGCCCUCGGCGCCAUGCAGGAGAUCUUGUUCCGCCACUACAGGGACACGGCCAUACUCAAGUUCAAGUCGCCCGACGACGUCAAGCCCGGGCUGUACUUUGCCGUCAAGUUUGCGCCCACGCUAUCGGCUGUCGUGUACGGCGUGCUGUGGCAGUUUACCGACUUCGAGGUCCGCCGCCUGGAGGCAUACUACCAGCUGUCCAAGCCCGGCGGCGCCCUGGCGGCCGAGUCGAUCAACGUCGACUACGUGACGAGCUUCAACCUCUUCCGGCCGUUUCGGGCCAUACAUUUGGGGCAGUAUGCGGUGGCCAUCUCCUCGAUCGCGACGACGCUCGCCGUCUCACUUGUACCGACAUUUGCCGCCGCGUCAGUUGUGCUCAACCCGAGCCGGGAUGAGCGACUCAAGAACCCAGGCAGCGAGAAGCUCCUCAAUUUCUCGGCGACUUGGUCGAGAUUACUAACAGCAACGCUGGCACGCCGACGCUCAGGCUUGCUGGCAGAUGUUCGAGGAAUCGCCGGCCUCGCGUCAAUGGCCGUCGUGAGCCACAUCUUGAUGGACUUCAAGGACAUGGACACCGCCAAACACAAGGAUAUCCACCACAAGCUGAAGCACAACCGAUACAUGCUUCGCAACUCGUCGCUGGCCCCGGAUGACGAAAAUCCUGCCACGUCGCAGGAGAGGGAUCGGUUCCAGGAGGCGCACCUGUCCGAGAACCCUCAUCCGCUCAUGCUACGGCCAACGGGCUGGGUGCCGUUCAUCAUCGGCCUGCUAGCAUUUACAGGAUUCAUUCCGACGUUUCUGUUUACUCCGGCCGACAUACUCACGGACAAGGCGCCCUGGCUGGUCACGGCGCUGGCAGUCUGCUUAAAGCUGUCAUGGAACGCGCUGGAGACGGCAGUCCGCAUGAUGGAGCCGUAUUAUAUCCUCUCGAAGCGGCACGCGCCGCCCAGCACACUGAUGCUCGACUACACGGCGCUGCCGUUCGGGUACCUCCCGCUGCGGGCCCUGUUCAACGGGCACUUUCUGGUGUUCGCGGUCGGGUUCGGGAGCGUCAUGGCAGAGUUCCUGACCAUCCUAGUCUCGGGCCUGGCGACCGUCGACGGCAAGGACUUUCUCAUGGAGGACCCCCUGGACGGGGACCAGGACCGGUCGCACCCGGACAAGGGCCGCUUCAUCAACUCGGGCCAGGAGACGUUCAUGUCCUUCUUCGUGUCCUUUGGGCUCUCCGUCUUCAUCCUGCUGUACAUGGCGGUGACGGCGUGCGUCGUCUUCUUCCGGCGGCGGCACCCGUUCCUGCCGCGGCAGCCCAACACGAUCGCGUCGGUGCUGGCCUUCAUCCACCAGAGCAAGAUGCUGUACGACUUUGUGGGCACGUCCAAGUACAGCAGCGCCGAGAUGACGCGCAAGCUCGCCGACGGGAAGUCGUACGGGCUGGGCUGGUUCGUGGGGAGGGACGGGCAGACGCACUGCGGCGUGGACCAGGAGGAGCUGACGAGCAACUAUAAGCAUGGGGUGGACUUUUCGCAGCGCAACCAGCCGUGGAACAUGCAAUGGGAUGUUCUCUAA